AUGCAUGCAAAGGGUAUAAUAGUGGAUCCGUUCCAAAUCAAUCUCUCGGGCGACUUCCACCAGCAGUUGGACACGAUCUUGGCCACCAUUCGGCUCACGCAAGAAGAGGCCACGGCUAUUAGUAGCCUCUACGCCGACGUCGAGAGGGUGCUGCAAGCUGUCUGGCCAGGCUGCGUGGCGAUGCCGUUCGGGUCCAUUACCACGGGGCUGGGCAUCAAGAGCAGCGACGCGGACUGCUUCGUGCUCGUGCCGCCUGCCAGCGGGCCCGGCUGCAUAGGGAAGGCCAAGCGCGCGCUGCAGGCCUACCCGCAGCUCUUCACCGAGAUCCUCACCAUCCCCCGCGCCAACACGCCACUCAUCAAGUUCUUCCACGUGCCCACCGAUACCAACUGCGAUCUCAGCUUCAAGACCCCCCUCGGCCACCAGAACAGCAAGCUCAUCGCUUUCCUGCUCCAAUCGGACCCUCGGCUCAUACCUAUGGCUGUGGCGAUUAAAUAUUGGGCCAAGGUCCACGGUCUUUCCGGAACGGGGAAACUCACCAACUACGCCCUCACCAUGAUGAUCAUCUUCUACCUCCAGCAACCUCCGGUAUCGAUCUUACCCUCCGUGGAGUGGCUGCAGCGCGACCGAGCCAACGAUGUCAUAGUCGACUUCUGGAACACGGGUUUCAUGGCGCACAGGUCUCUGCUCCCGCAGUCCACGAACAGUUUGUCGAUCUCGGAACUUUUGGGAGGCUUCUUCGAGUACUACUCCAUGUUUAAUUUUGAGGAGAUGAUUAUCUGCCCCUUUAUAGGGUUUCCCCUAAGAAAGGACUUGUUCAAGGACUUGUUGCAGUUGCCACCGCCGUUCGAACGCUACAAACAAAAUGUCGCGCGCAACCUGGUGAUGCCGAUGAGGUUCCUGACCCCGAUGUGUGUCCAGGACCCUUUCGAGCAGAGUCACAACGUGGCGUCUGCUGUUUCCAGCCGAAUGGCUUCUGAAAUCAAAGAUUUCCUGAGAUUCGCCGCGAACACAUAUGAAAAAGAAAAACCAAACAAGUGCCAGAAUUUUCUGGGGACAAUUCUUCUUCAGAAACCGAAGAUUGUUCGAGCGAAAGCACAUCCAGAGUUCAGAGUAAAUCUGUUCCCGAGAAUGAUCGCUAACAUCAUCAAUCCCGAUUGGAAGACAGUGGUCAGAGAAGUCAUAUUCAUAAUAUUUGAGAAAAUGCUCAAGCUAACGCUCGGCAAAGUCGAAGAGAAACUGAACACGGAGUCAAAGAAGGAGAAGGAAAAGUACUUGGGUAUUGUGACGAAAUCCAUAUGGAAGCGGAAGCAAUCGUCGCGAAAAUACGAAAUGUGCGCCAACUUGGAACUUCAGGAGAAGCAAGCCAAGAUUACAGAAGAGAUCAUCAAAUCGGAAAAGAUAACUUACAACAUGCAAUUCCAAAUGACAGUGACGUACGCACACAAUCCCAAAAGAGCAGUAGUGGCUAUCAAACUUUCUGAGGGCGAAGUGGACGCCUUCAAAGAUUUUGGGAAGUUUUUCAUUUCGGUAAUGCAAGGGUGGUUUAUGGCCCUUCUGAGACCCUACACGAGGCCCUCAGAGAUCGACAUGGCAGCUAAAAUUGCGGAGACAAUUAAGUACUUAGACAGCAAUCUGGAUGUGAACAAUGGAGUGGACAGUGACGACGACGACGACGUCGAAGAAAAAAGUGACAAAAAAGUGAAAGUACAAAAUGACAAAGGCACUAAGGCCGCAGAAAUACAAUUAGAUGAAUCUGAUGCGAAGGAAGUAGUUCUAGACACCCACUGAGACACAAUUGCCUUGUUUUGUUACGCUUUUACUGUUAGUGUAAAAGAUGUUUCAAUAGAUUUAGUGAAUACAAUCUAUUUUAUUAGUAAGCGAAGACAUUUAUCAAUGUGUUUAUUAUUUUUUUAAUGCAUUUUUCUAGAAUCCUUUUUUUAAAUUGUUGUUUU